AUGUACCUCAUUCCAGGCGGCUCCGGCGGCAAGAUGAGCUUCAUAGACACACUGUACAGCGUGACGUCAGCCACGUGCCUGACGGGAAUGAUCAGCGUCGACGUUAACGUGUUCUCUGACGGAGCUAACGUUUUCCGUCUGCUUCUCAUGAUCAUCGGCGGUCAGAUCACGACGUCGCUCGUCCCCGUCUACGUCCGUCGGUUCUUCUUCCACCGGUACCUCUACCGUGAGGGCUACGUCACGCGUGGCGGCCGGCGAAGCGAUCCCGUGGUGGCAGUACGCAGCGGGGAGAGAGGGAGAGUGGAUGGGCUUGGGGAAAGCGAGGGCGAUGAGGGCCUCGGGGUGCUCGAGGAGGAGCAGCAGCGCGCGUGCGAGGGCGAAAAGCAGGUGGACUCUCGCGAAAAUGCUUCUUCCGAAAAGAAGGCUGAAGGGUUAGCGGCGGCAGCAGCCUUGAAGGUGUCGCCGAUUGGGUCUAGCAGUGGCAGCAGAAGGAGGGAGGGUGCUCUCGUCAUUCCCGUCAACGACGCCCCAGCUGCCUCGGACGUGGAUGCCACGCGGCAAGAUUCCAGCCAGAACGGUCCGAGAUCUGCUCGCGCUGACGUGGACGCGAUGCGGCUGGACAGCAGCCAGCACGGGCCGCGGUCUGCGCGGGAGGGCGAGCGGCGCAUGUGGGACAGUCCGCGGGGCGCGCAGGCGCGCACGGCUUUGACCCCGCGGAGGGCGUUCGGGCUGGAGGACGCCCUUGAGCGCACGGUGGGGCCGCUGUCGGGGCGGUACCAGGCGGGGGAGGAGAACGCGUGGCACACGUGGUCGGGGGACGUGGCGCGCGCGGAGGGGCAGCGGCUGAAGCUGGCGCUGGAGAUCAUGCGCGUGCAGCAGCAGCAGCAGCAGCAGCAGCGCGGCAGUGAGCAGCGCCCGGGGCUGUUCCUCCAGCGCACCCUCUCGUCCAGCACCUGGCGGACCGACGACGCCGAGGGCGCCACCGCCGCCGCUGACGCUGAACUGCUGCCCAUUGACCCGGGCGAGCGAAGGUUCCUGGAACUGAGGGCGCUGGAGUUGCUGAGCUGGCUGGUGCCCGUGUACAUGGUGGUGGUGCAGGCCAUGGCGCUGCUGCUCAUGCUCGUCAUCGUGUACGUCUCGCCCUCCGUCAGACAGGUCGUGGACAGCAACGGCGUCAGCCCCCUCUUCUUCUCCGUCUUCCAGGUGGUAUCGGCGUUCACCAACACGGGGCUGGUGCUGCUCAACAGCAACCUCGUGGAUUUCAACACCAACGUGCCGCUGCUGCUGCUGCUCUCCGCGCUCAUCCUCCUCGGCAACACGCUCUUCGCCCCCAUGCUGCGCGGCCUGCUGCUGCUGCUGCACCGCGCCGCCAAGGGCGAGCGGAAGGUGGUGUACGAGUACCUGUUGGAGCACCCGCGCAAGUGCUACACGCACCUCUUCCCGCGCUCGUCCACGCUGUGGCUCGUGGCCACCGUGGUGGCGUUCAACAGCGCUGAGUUCAUCUUCUUCUGCGUCUUCGACUGGAACUCCACAGCCCUUGAUGGCCUCUCCAUGGCUAUGGCAACGUGGGCUUCUCUCUCGGGUACACCUGUCCAGAAGACGCCCCCCCUGGCUGUGUCUCCCCGCCCUACAGCUUCUCAG